UGACAGGAGAUGGGCUGCUUCUAUCAAAGUAUUAACCCAGAUGAUGGGGGUUAAUCAUUAAACCUUUUAGGUGGUGGCUUGCUUGUUUGUCUGAUAUUCUAAUCCGGGUCACAGAAUGGCUAAGGCAGCUUUAAGUGAAGGGUGGAUUUUUUUCCCCUCCGUUUGCCUUGUGUUUUCCACUUUGAAAGAAUGUUGUGGCUGCUCUUUUUUCUAGUGACUGCUAUUCAUGCCGAACUCUGUCAACCAGAUGCAGAAAAUGCUUUUAAAGUGAGACUUAGUCUCAGAACAGCUCUGGGAGAUAAAGCAUAUGCGUGGGAUACAAAUGAAGAAUAUCUCUUCAAAGCGAUGGUGGCUUUCUCCAUGAGAAGAGUUCCCAACAGAGAAGCAACUGAAAUUUCCCACGUCCUACUUUGCAAUGUAACCCAGCGGGUGUCAUUCUGGUUUGUGGUUACCGAUCCUUCAAGGAAUCACACCCUUCCUGCUGUUGAGGUACAGUCAGCCAUAAGAAUGAAUAGGAACCGGAUCAACAAUGCCUUCUUUUUGAAUGACCAGACUCUGGAAUUUUUAAGAAUUCCUUCCACUCUUGCACCACCUACUGACCCAUCUGUGCCCAUCUGGAUUAUUAUAUUUGGUGUGAUAUUUUGCAUCGUCAUAGUGGCAACCAUGCUAUUGAUUUUGUCAGGAAUCCGGCAACGUAGAAGGGAGAACAAAGGACCAUCUGAAAUGGAAGACACUGAAGAUAAAUGGGAAAACACAAUCACAAUUGAAAAUGGCAUCCCCUGCGAUCCCCUGGACAUGAAGGGAGGGCACGUUAAUGAUGCCUUUGUGACAGAGGAUGAGCGGCUCACCCCCCUCUGAAGGGCUGCUGUUUUGUUUCCCCCUGAAACUCAACACUUGUUUCUGUGCAACUGCUGAACAUCACAAUUCAUUGAGGGAAGAUUAUAUAUUUUGUUUCACCAUUCUUCUUUUGUAAGAAAUUUUGAAUGUGCAUGAAAUUGAAAGGCAAUGAAUUAUACCCAUGAAGACCGUUGGAAUAAUAAGCUGUUGACUAUCCAAAAUAUUCUAAAAUAUUUCUCUGACAGCACAGUGUGUAAGUGUAGUCAUGUGGCAUUUGUAGUUACUGAUUUUAAAAUGCAUUAGUAUUUAAGCAUUUCCAGCAAUAAGGUCAGGCCAGUAUAUAUAUAUCACACUUUAAAGACCUAAGAAAAAAUAUUUUUCCAGUGGAGAAUGCCUAUAAUAUGGUGUCCAAAUCAUUGAAAAUGGAUCCUUUUGGAGUAUCAUUUAUAUCACUCUGUAUAUGACAAGAUAAGCAAGAAUAACAAGUAAUUACUGUAAAUGGGUUGGAUAAAAAUGGGCGUGUUGAUAUACAAGGUGGAAUUUGAUCCUGUUAUCAUACCAACAGUUGCUUAUAUAUAUUUUCUGACUAUCAGUCUCUAAUAGGGCAUCUCUAUUCAUUGAUUAUUUCUGCAGUUUGUAGAAGUACAAUCUAUGCUAACUUAAUAAAGUGCUAAUCAUCUCUUUUUAAGUGA